AUGGCUUAUCUUGACAAAAAAACUACUUUAAAUGUGUUUGAUGCCUCGGCCAAACUACCAAGCGGUGUGCUGGACGGGAAUUUCAGAUGGCUAGGUUCCUACAGCGAGUGUCUGGCCGUGGACGCCUAUGUCCUGUACAAUGUGACCAACCCUGACAACACCACCUGGACAGCGGAUGACCAGUUUGGUGGACAGUACUGUACGGGCUACGUAGGGAUACAACAGCCCGGCCAACCACCCGCGACUCUUAGCAUUGGUUUAUGUGUUCCAACAGGAUGCAGUAACCAAGACUUGAAACACUUACUGAACGCAUUUAUAUCUAUCCUACGAAUAAAAUCUCCACUUUUGGAAAAGGCUGCUUUUGCCUGCAACAAACAAGACCGACCGAUGAACAGCGGUGCAAUUGCAGUUAUAUGCAUCGCAGGGUUAGUUGUGCUAUGCGUACUUAUUGGAACCAUAUAUGACAUCGUACACCAGAACAUGGGUUUUAAUCACAAACCAUUGAUUCCCUACGCCGGUGAGACAAAAUUCACCAGUAACGGUGCUGCCUCCAUGGGGGUUGAUGAACACACACCACUAAUACAUUCUCAGAAAAAUGUGGGUUAUUCGAAUUCCGAAAAUAGUGGCGCCAAUGGCAUUAUGCAUAAAGUCCUUGUAGCUUUUUCUGUAUACACAAACGGUGCCAAAGUUCUGAACACCAAGCAAGCCAGUGGAGCUCUCACUUGUGUCAACGGAAUACGGUUUCUGAGUCUCUCCUGGGUUAUUUGGGGACACACCUACGUUUUUGCAAUGACUACGAUUG